AUGAAUAAUACUGAUCCGACUUCCUUUGAAAGUAUAUUGGCUGGCGUUGCUAAACUAAGAAAAGAAAAGAGUGGUACAGAUAAUACUGAGUCUCAAUCAUCAAAUAAAGAGCCAUCAUCAUCACAUCAGCCUAAACCUCUGCAACAGGAGUCAGAAAAAUCGAGACCUAUAAACCCAAACCAGGUUAUAAACGCCUUCAAUCAGCAAAAACCGAAGGAAUGGUCCGAUUCGAAAACUACAGAUGAGUAUAAUCGAAAGAGACCCUUCAAGAGUACUGGGCAAGGAAAAACUGUACUAGUGAACACCACUCAGAAAGAAAAUCCGCUUCUGAACCAUUUGAAAAGCACUAACUGGAGAUAUAUUUCUUCUACGGGAAUCAAUAAGAUAUUUUACGACUAUCUUGUUCGUGGGAGAAGUGUACUCUUUUUAACUUUAACUUAUCACAAACUAUAUGUUGAUUAUAUCUCUAGAAGAAUGCAGCCAUUAUCUAAAAAUGAAAAUAAUAUACUAAUAUUUAUAGUAGAUGAUAGUAACUCUGAAGACACUCUUAACGACAUCACAAAACUAUGCAUGUUCAACGGGUUUACUCUUCUUCUUGCAUUCAAUUUCGAACAAGCCGCUAAGUAUAUUGAGUAUUUGAAUUUGUGA